AUGAACGGAAGCGGCCAGGAGUCUGAAGGCGAGGGCGACCCGGUUCGUCAGCACGCCUCAGACGACAGCUCCGAGGAGCCAGAAGAAGAUGAGGAGGAAGAGCGGCGGGUCAGAGACGGUUUUAUUGUUGACGAAGAUGAGGACGAGGAUGCGGAGGACGAGGAGGAGGAGAGACGCAAGCGUAAGAAACGUCGCAAAAGGCACCACCGCCACAAGAACGGACUGGAGGACGAAGAGCUCGAUGAAGAUGACUUGAAUCUCAUCGAGGAGAACACUGGCACGUCUAUGUCUCGCCGGAUCACUCGUGUCCGUCCAGGUCGCGAGUCAGCCUCUCCCCCUCCGCCCUCAGCGAGGCGGAAUGUCAUUGAAUCCUCGGACGAGGACAUGGACAAUGAUGAUGAUGACGGGUACCCUCGAGUUCAAGACAUUCACAACAUCUGGGAUGACGAGAAGAACACCGGGGGCCGCGACGACGAUGACGAUGGGGAAGACGACAUGUACAACUUCAUCGACGACGACGACGAAGAUGCUGGUGGCGCUAUGGACGAAGAGGAGCGAGAAGCUCGGCGCAAGGAGCGGUUGAAACUGGAGAAGGCCCGUCGAAGAGCGUUGGGUUCGCGCCCUGAGCUUACGGGUAUUGAUGCAACGGCUUGGGAUGAGAUUCAUGAAGUGUUUGGUGAUGGCCACGAAUACGAUUGGGCCCUGGUAGAUGAUGAUGAACCCCACUACGAAGAAGAGCUCGCAAAACCGGAGAUGAAGUACCAAGACGUAUUUGAACCGUCCGAAAUCCGGGCACGGUUCCUCACUGAAGACGACGACCUCAUUCGAGCACAAGACGUCCCUGAGCGUAUGCAGCUUGCCACUUCCGCGUUGGCGCCCUCUUCCACGCUGUCCAUUCACAAGACUUUGACGGAGAACGACAUUGUCGGCGCCGCGCAAUGGGUCAUCACCCGCCUCUCCAGUCGCAAGGAGCGCGAUUUUUUCCGCAGCGAUGGUCAAUAUCACGGCUACCUUCCUCAGCUCGUCGAGGCCGUCACCAACGCACUGCGAUACAUCUUCAUUCAGGACCAUGAGGUGCCGUACGUUUGGCAGCAUAAACGUGACUACAUCUCUUUCUUCGACCCCAACAACCCUCGUAUCCGCGUAGAACUUCUUUCCUUGGACGAUCUAUGGCGCAUCUACACCGUCGGCCAGAAGUACCGGUCAUUGCUCGAAAGGAAGGCGGCCCUCGACGCACUAUACGCUCGUCUUGGUGUUCAGGAUGAAUACUUCGAGAACGAGAUGCGCAAGAAGAUCGAGUCCGCUGAAAUGACUGCGGAUGCGACCGAGUGGCUUGGCAUGAAGUACCGUGACAACAAGUCUUCCAAAGUCGAUUUCAGGUUUCACGACGAUGAAGAGCCUGCAGAUGCCCCGAAGCACAAGACGCCAAGCCGUGUAUCCGCUUAUGAGCUUUCGAAGAAGACGAUCGUUUCGAAAUUGGCCGAGGGCUUUGGUAUUCAAGCCCAUGAAGUCGUUCAGAACUUCUUCUCUGAUCAUAACACGCACUUCGUGGAGGAGCAAGACACGACGCCGCUGUCCUAUUCUGAGCAGUUUGUGGACCCUCAAGCAACGCGACCACAAUCUGCAGAGGAACUUCUGGCUCGGGCUCGGAUGAUCAUCGCUACUGAGCUCGGGAAAGAUCCUCUUCUACGCCAAGAGAUUCGAAACACCUUCAAACUACACGCACUUGUGUCCGUCCUCCCAACAGAUCGAGGAAUCUCGAAAAUCGAUGAGCAUCAUCCUUACUUCAAUUUCAAGUAUUUGUAUCAGAAGAGUGCGACAGACAUGCUUCACGCGGCGCAAUUCCUCCACAUUCUGACCGCGGAGAACGAGCAUCUCGUCACGGUUUCUAUCACCCUUCGUCCAGACGCCAAGGCAAACUUUGAGCGCAAGCUCAAUGCUGCGUUCGCUUCGGAUAGUUUCAGCGACAUUGCGCGGGCAUGGAAUGAGGAGCGAUCUCGGGUUGUGCAAGAGACGUUGGACCAACAUCUGUUGCCUAUGGGAGCGAAGUGGACCCGUGAAUGGAUCCGGGAUGAAGCCGAAGACUUCCUUUCGCGCCAAUGCGCCAGUAUCCUACGCGAGCGCAUUGAUGUUGCUCCGUUCGCCGGCGCUUCGAUGCAGAAGGGGGACACUCCUUCAGUUUUGGCCAUGUCUUGGGGCAAGGGCGAACCUCACAAGGAUACGAUAGCGGCCGUCUUCAUUGACGAUGCCGGGCGUGUCCGAGAUCACACCGUCCUGGACAACCUCGUCGAGGGCAAGUUCCAGGAUGAGUUCCACGACAUGGUGAAGCGACGCAACCCAGAAGUCAUUGUCGUCGGAGGUUUCACCAUCGCCACGACCAAGCUUGCACGGCGGAUUAAGGAGCUCCUUGGUAACGGCGACGGGCAGAACAACGAAGGCGAAGCCUGGCCCCCCGAACCGUCGAGCCAGCAAUCAAGUCCUUCUGUGCCGGUCAUCUACGUUCAUGACGAAGUCGCGAGGUUGUACCAGCAUAGUCGGCGAGCCGACGAGGAGUUUAGUGCGCUCUCGUCCCUCAGCAAAUAUUGUGUCGGCUUGGCAAGAUAUGUCCAAAGCCCUCUGAACGAGUACGCUGCAUUGGGCCAUGACAUCACCGCGAUCACCUUCGACGAAGAGAACCAGCAGUUGGUGCCCAAAGAGAAGCUCUUGUUCGCUCUAGAGCGAGUCCUUGUCGACGAAGUCAACAAAGUCGGCGUCGAUAUCAACCGAGCUGUCACCGAUGCCUACUAUCAGACCUUGCUCCAGUUCGUCGCGGGACUUGGACCCCGCAAGGCACAAGUCUUGAUCAAGAAAAUCGCUUCCAUGGGCGGCAACCUCAUCAACAGGACUCAGUUCGUGAAGAACAACCUUCUCACCUACAAGAUCUUCCUCAAUGCUUGCGCAUUCCUUCGUAUCAUGCAGAACACCGAGGAUUCAGAGCCCAAGUCUCUGAAGUCUCGGCAUGGUGAUGAGAUCGAUGUUCCUGACCCUCUUGACGGUACUCGCGUCCACCACGAAGACUAUGAGCUCGCUCGGAAGAUGGCAACGGACGCGCUAGAGCUUGAUGAAGAGGACGUCCACGAUGAACACCCAUCGCACGUCGUUGCCGUCAUUAUGAAGGAUCGCGACAAGGAGAAGAAGCUCGACGAACUUAACCUCGAUGACUUUGCCGUCAACAUGUAUCAGUCAAACCAGGACAAGAAGCGCCACAUCUUGAACGUCAUUCGAGAGGAGUUGCUCCGACCGUAUGGCGAGAAGCGAUCCGACUUUGCCCAACCUUCCGACUGGGACGUGCUGACCAUGCUCACCGGGGAAACCCGCCGAACUCUCCGCGUUGGGCUCAUUGUUUCUGUACAAGCCGUUCGGGUGAAGGAGCAAUUUCUCGCCGUACGUCUGGACUCCGGCAUUGAGGGAAACAUUGCGAGGCGUUACCUCACCGACAUGAGCGUCCCCCCACCCGACGUGGUCAAGCCUGGCCAAACGCUCUCUGGUGUUGUCAUCGAUGUCAAGCUCGACUUGGCGAACGACUCUUUCUCUGCCGAGCUAUCCUCUCGCGAGGCAGACGUCAGUGGGGGCGACAGCCAAUACAGACGUGUCAAGCACGACGACGCCUGGAAUCACACGCAGUUCGAUCGUGACGCGGAAAUGCAGGCACGUAGGAAACGUGCGGAAGUCGACAGGACUCGGCGUGUCAUCAAGCACCCGAAUUUCCACAACUUCAACUCCCAGCAGGCCGAAGUGUAUCUCGAAACCCAGCAGCGCGGUGAUGUGGUCAUUCGUCCGUCAUCGAAGGGUGCCAACCAUCUGGCUGUGACCUGGAAGGUCGAUGACAACCUAUAUCAGCACAUUGACGUUGUCGAGCCCAAUGCAGAUCUCAACGGACAAACAGUGGGCUCGAAGCUCAUCGUCGACGGCACGCAGCAGUUCUCCGAUCUCGAUGAACUGAUCGUCAACCAUGUACAAGCCAUGGGACGGAAAGUUGAGGAGCUUAUGAUGCACGAGAAGUUCAAGCCUGGGAAUGAAGAUGAUCUCCACCUGUUCUUGCGCAACUUCGUCGCCGCCAACCCCUCCAAAAGCGCGUACGGAUUCACCCUCAAUCGCAAGAGGCCAGGACAUUUCAAUCUUUGCUAUCUGGCGAACAAGAACUCGACGGUGCAGACAUGGGUAAGCCUAUGUGACGCGUUCAAGGUGCGCCAAAAGUCGAUGUCACUUGGCAGCGGCCUCGGUGGUCCUGGUGGAGGCAAGACCCCGUUCGGCGCGCGCACUCCUGGACGAACACCUGCCGCCGGGCAUGCCACUCCUGGCCACACCUCCGUUCGCCAGGUUGGCCGGACUCCGAACCCCUACGGCGGGAUUCCUGGUUCGAUGCCUCCCCCGACCGUCCCUGGGGCGACGCCCAAUCCCGGAGGGUUCACUCCCUCGUUUGGCGGGUACCCUGGGCCUGGGGGACAGCAGUACGGCGCCGGGUUCCAAACACCCGGCUACCCACCCCAGCAUCAGCAGAUGCCGCCGCCGCCGCAAGCAGGCGCACCCUGGGGUCAGCCGCCACCGCAUCCUGGGCCCGCUGGUGUGCAUCCGUCACGAGCCGCGAUGAUCCAAGGGCAGGGGUGGGGACAGCCCUAUUGA